GCCCAGUCGACAGGCGGUGCGUGCAGCAGAGGGGUUGCAAGCUCUACGACAGGACGCACCGCCUCCACCCGUGGCGGCUGGAGCUGGCCAGGCGACUCGCAGAGCAGCUGCAGCGGCCGAGCUGGUCGAUCGAGAACGCAAUGUGGCAGCACAGGUGCGAA